AUGUCUAGAAAAAGAAUAGAAGCUCCUCCUUUAACUGAGAGAUCUUAGUAUCGUAGAAUAAGCUAAAAAAGUGUGGAUGAAUUAAAUCAAGUGAGAUAUCAUAAAUGAAAAUUAGACUCUACAUGCUAGGAUUAACAGCAUGGUUGGACUUGAUGAAUAAUUAACUAGCAAAAUUCGAUAGCUUCAAUCAGCCUCUCUUACACCUAAGGACUUGUCAUCGAUUAGUUUGUCAUUAUAAGACAUGGUUAGCACUUUGUAAAAGGUCUCAUAUAAUGAGAUAAUGUACAACUAAUUGGUAAGGGAAAAUGAGAAGUUGAAAAACGACCAAUCCUAUUUGAAGGCUCAAUUGUUUAAAUUUAAUUCGCUUAUACAAAAAAUGCAAAAAGANUAUUCAUAUAUUCAUUUUUGA